AUGCUGAACAGGGGGGCCAUAAGCCAGGCAAGGCGCUGGCUGCCGCUGCGACAGGGUCUUGCCCCGGCAGCCGGACGGGUCGGGCGCUGCCCCGCCGGGGAACUGUCCAGCAGCGCCCUCCUGAAGCGGCUGGUCCUCCGCCUCCGUGGGGAGCGGGAGGGCUCCCCGAGACCUGGAAACUACAGAAGUCCAUUUGUGGAGAUUCACCCGGAACAUCCUGAACUAAUCUACAUUUUAGAUGCUAAGAAAACGUUUGUUGUCCCUUGCCGAGUUACCUCGCCAGAUAUCAAACCCAAGCUUACCCAGUAUCCUCAUUCUGUAGAGAUGAACUUCAAGGGGAUGGUGUGGGACCCAAGAAGAGGAUUUGUCAUCCCCUCUCAUUCUUUUGUUUACUCUGGAAUGCUCACAUGCACUGCAAAUGUCAAUGGAAGUGUGUUCACCUCCUAUUACCUAGCGCAGAGAUUGGAGAGCAGAGUACGGAACCUGGCUCUGAAAGCAACUCCCAAAAAACUGCUGGUUGGAGAAACUCUCUGUUUGGAAUGCACCGCAGAAACCUUCAUCAACGGGCGCAUUGAGUUCAUAUGGACGUGUCCUAGUGGGAGACACCCUUACCCUAGAAGAACAAUAGAUCAGAGUGGCACGGUGUAUAAAGUUGGCAGUAGCCUGAAAAUUGAAAAUGUCACCAUGCAAGACGGGGGCCUGUAUGUAUGCAAAAUAUUCAACGUAACAAGGCUGGAGGCCAAUGUCACAGUUACAGUGUAUGACAAACCUUUCCUUAUGGUUUCACAUAAGAAAGGGCCUUACUAUGAGAUUACAUCAGGACACAAGUCACUGAAACUAGCUGCAAAGGUGGACGCCUUUCCUCGUCCAAACGUCACCUGGUACAAAGAUGGCAAACUGAUCAAGGAUAACCACACUUGCUAUGAGCCAGAUCCAACGAAGUACAAACUGGGCAUAAGAGAUGUGAGACCAAAGCAUGCUGGAAACUACACCAUCGUCUUGAGCAAUGCAAAACAUGGCCUGUAUAAGAACCUCACCAUGCAACUGGUAGUGACAG